AAAUAUAUUAGGUAUCUCUUUAUCUCCCAAAAUGCUUAUCACACUUAGGUACGCUUAUCACUUUUCAGGAGAUCUGACCCCGGCCAUCAUUCAGGGCUCGGGCAUCACGAUUCGCGAUUCACGAUCAUUGACACUGACAUUCAGGCUUACUUAAGUAUCAAAAUAAUGCUUUAAUAUCAAUUUUAAAUUUAUAAAUCAAUUAAAAUCUCAUUAAAGAAUUUGAGUGAAGUUUGUUAGUCACAACAUUUUAUUACUAUAACUAUAACUUCACUAUUGAAUCAAAACAAGAUAACUCUGUGUUGUCGAAUAAAAUAUUUUUGUUGUCGCCAUUGUAUCAUAUGAAUGAUAAGAAGAAAGAACUAGGGAAUUGAGUGAAAAAUGCAUCAUCUAUUGAAAUAUAUAUUCGCUUCAAGCCAAUGUUGCUGUAAAAUGUAUUUACCUCAGUGCAGGAUGUGUUUUCCAACUGUAACUGCAAACAAUAAAUCAUUUUUAUCAGUCCGAUUGUAUAAAAAUCACAGAAUUAUGGCAAAUGUUUAUUUUGCGGAUGAUCGAUUUUCAAAGCGUCACAAUAAAUUGAAAAAUGCCAUUCGAGAUAAACAGAUUAUUUUACAAAAAACUAAACAAAAAUUUCAAACCAAAGGUAAAUUCAUACUGGAUGACAUCAAGGAGACAAAAUCAAAGGUACGAGAUACUAUAAAGGAGAAUGUUUGGACAAUACCGAACAUGCUGUGUAUGACUAGAAUAAUGCUAAGUCCUUACUUGGGUUAUCUUAUUGUUAAUGGAAACUUUGAGUAUGCCCUUAGUUUUGUGGCCAUAGCAAGUGUAACAGACUUAGUUGAUGGGUGGAUUGCUAGGAAUUUCCAAGGUCAGAAAUCAAAAUUGGGUAGUUUUUUAGACCCAAUGGCUGACAAAGUACUUGUGGGUACUAUGUUUUUCACAUUGACUUAUAUAGAUUUAAUCCCAAUAUAUCUUACCGGUAUAAUUAUAUUAAGGGAUCUAGUUUUAAUUGGUGCUGCCUUCCAAAUUCAUUAUAUGUCAAUACCUAAACCCAGGACUUUAAGUAAAUUAUUUGAUGUCACCAAUACCAAUGUUCAAUUAGCACCCAUGUUCAUAAGCAAGGUGAAUACUACAGUUCAAUUAUCAAUGGUUUGUGCAACUUUAGCAGCUCCAGUGUUUGAAUUUGUCGAUCACCCUGCACUCAAAGUGUUAUGGUGGCUAACAACUGCUACUACAGUGUCAUCGGCAGUAAGUUAUAUAGUGCAUAGAAAAAAGACUUAUAAAAUAUUUAAUAACCAAAAAUGAUAAAUUGUUUUACCUAACCUCCAUACAUAAAUAACAGUAUCUUUGACAAAAAAAUGUUUUGAUUUUAAUAUAUUUAAGACAAAUUAUUAUAAAUGUAGGUAUAUAUUUACUAUGUGUAAACACUGAAUAUAAUUUAUAAAAUAUAUACGUAUAAUAAUUCCAAAAAUAUAUAUUUUUAUUCAAAUUAGUAACUUUUAUCAUAUUAAGUCCUUACAAGUAACAAUAGUUAUAAGUUAAAAUAUUUUACUGUUGAAUCAUUCAUCUAACUUUAAUUUCAGUUAAAAAUAUUAUUUUGUUAUUUAAUAAAUUAGUUUAAA